GAGAGAGAGAGAAAGAGAGGGUCGAAUGGAAUGGAAAGGCAGUCAGGUUAGCUGCGGCGCGGUAGGGGAGGGCAGGAACGAGGCAAGGCAAGCGAUUUAGCUGGUGCUGGUUCGGCGAGCCACGAGUUGGAGUGGCGAGAGAGCAGCCGAGGUCCCGUUGCCCGUGCCUGCACCGGGAGAGGCGUCAUGAAAGCGCGCCAGUUGACCGAGUGCACCUCACCUCGGACGAAACCGCGUAUUUGCCGUCGUUGAGGAGAGGCCUACCUUGCCCUCUCUGCUUUCGUGGCAAGGAUUCGGCCGGUGGCUCUCCUGCUCCUCGCUGUCACGCGCCUCUAUUGUUUCUCCAGUGCGGGUUGGGGGGGGGGGACUCUUGGUUUUUGCCAGUAUCCGGAUAGAAUAGCGGCGCGUAUCCGUGUCGUGUGUCGGUCGAGACGUACUCGAUUUUCGUCAUUCGUAACCCGUGUGUACUCGUUUCAAAGAGAAGUUUCACCCAGUCAAUAGUGUGCGAGUGAGUACGCGAUGCGUGAGACGUGCCGUUUGGAUUGAUCAUCGCGUAUGUCUACGCUUCGGUCUACUACUUUUGACAAGGGAGUUUGAGUGGGUGGAAAAGGACGAAGGAAAUAAGAAGUUUUCCGUUUCUUUCGACUCGUUUUCACGUCACGCGAAUUUCUCGUGGCGCGAUACGUUGUUAUUGACAUAUCGAUUUGGUUGGCACGGUGCUCGUUCGUUUGGCAUCGAAUCGUGGUGGAGAUCGAGAGAAGGAAACACCGAGAGGAGGAAAAAGAAAAAAAAGGAAAAAAUAUGAAAACUCGUUUCUGUCAGUGAGCACGGCUCGGAUGAAAGUAUUAAAACGUUCUUUCUUUCGGUUUCACGUUGAUAACCACCGUCGCCUCGGUGGCCUGGCGUGUUUCACCUUGACGUUGAAACGUUGAACGUAGUGGCACGUUUCGGCUGAUAUUUCUCAUCAUCGAAUCGAGAGAGCGAGGAAACGGAGCAUUUCGACACACACACGCGAUAUUCUUUGUUAUUCUUUGUUAUCGUAACGAUAUCGUACACAACGUUGCACGUACGUUCUCUUUUCGAUUUCGUAUUUUCUGUAUCUGACGAUCGAUUCGAAACGCGAAGGGAAUAAAAGGAACAAAGAUAGAUUGGCUCGAAGAUUAAUUCAAAUUCGUCGGGCGUUCGGCGACGUCAACGUGGGCCGCUUUAAACGAGCGAAAGGAAACUUGUAACGCCAAAAAAAAUAAAUAACGAUCAGACCAGAAGAUUAUUAAAAACCUCGUACAUUCCAUUUUAUUUUUUAACACAAAGUAACGAAAGUUACGCAACGAGUUACCUCCUUUGUCGUAAGAGAAAGAAGAAAAAGAAGAAGAAGGGAGAAGCGAGAAGAAUAUUAAUCAACGUCCGAUAAUAAUCAUCUUUGAAGUACAAUUUCCUGGAUCCGAUAUCGAACAAUCUGACUGGUUGGCAACAUUAGUGACAUCUCCGAUUUCACGAAACGCUCGGUUCGUUACCUUGGCGUUGUCUCGGGCAAAGCAAGGAGGGUGGCAUCCCCUCGUCUCGUUAUCCCGUUCCACGCUCGUCGAGGGGCCGAAACGGAACGGAUAGGAGAGCGUCGACCGAGAAGAGAGAAGAAAGUACAAGACCUUAUCUAGGCCCUCCUCCAACUCUUUCACCGUCGUCGAACAAUCGAGUCGAAGAGAGAAAAGAAGCAAAAGAAGAGAAAAAAAAAGAAAAAAAAAAAAAGAUGAUAGUGCACGAGCUCGUUAUCAAACUUUACGUGGCCAUUGUCGACGUGCUCGUUGUCGGUUGCCCGUAUCGUUCCAGGUAAAAUUCGAAUUCGUUUCGUCAAAAGAGAGGCACGAAAUGACGCUCGCCGUUUCGUCACGGUUCACCGACACUCUUGCCUGACAUUCCAUUAUUAUUAUUAUUACACGAUACGAUUCGAUAUCGUAUCGAAGGUUCUCCCUUCGGAGGUGAUCUCGUGCGAGCUCGACUUUAAACGUAUACGGAACCCCAUUCCAGUCAUGACGGAACCACGGACCAGAAGUAUCGUAAGCAACGACAGGACGAGAAAAAAGGAAUUUUCCUUUAAUCCUUCUUUCAGAGUCCAGUGAUAAAGUUGUGAAUGCCGGGGCCCGGAGAGGCUCGUGGUCGUGGUCGUGGUCGUGGUCGUCGUCGUCGUCGUCGUCGUUUCAACAUUUGAAAAUCCGUACGAGCGUACGUUAGGCGGCCGCGAACUAGUCGAGCAGGAAGCGUGCACACGUUGGUGUGACACACGCGGUGACACACGUGGUCGGCCGUUUGGGUACCGUUUGCAACAUUCCUAUCCGAGCUAUCCGUGGAACGAGUUAGAGGGGAGGAGGCGGAGGAGUAGUGUUCCGGUUAGCCGAACCGUCGAGCCAGCCAGCCGUCGAUGGAUAUGGCAGCCGCUGUUGUUGCUCCUCCACGGUUCCAACGUUGUCGGCGGCGUGCUACCUGUGAAUCGAGCGAACAGGUGUUGUCGCAAGGUGUUGCCCGGGCCGGGAUACGUGAUUCCUCGUGAUAUCAGGCGCACGGCUCGUCAAACUGUCUGCGGUAGUGGUGUGUGCCACUCGUGUUUAACUCGAUCGAUCGUGUGUGCGUGUGUGUGCGUGCGUGUGUGCGUGCGUGCGUGCGUCGUGUGAGAAAGAGAGAGAGGGAGAGAGACGAUCGACACGAUUCCUCGCGUGCAUUCUUAGUGACCGAAAGUGUUUGACCGAAGUGAUACACGCUGAGUUUAGGUGUAAUCGGUGGCCAAGAAGCGGAGAAGUAGGCCGCGGAGGAGAAAGGAGAGGAGAGGGAAUAUAUACACGGUUGAAAUUGGUGCGAGGGAGAAGAAGGAGAAGGAGAAGGAGAAGGAGAAGGAGAAGGAGGCAGAGUCGUGGGAUACGUGUUGAUCCGCGUCGAUCCGUGUUGGUCCAGAGAAUUAAGGAUGAAGAGCAGGAUGGUCGAUUGCGCGCGAUCCAUAUCCAGGUUUCGCGGCACCCUUCUUCUGCUUCUGACGCUGCUCGCGGAGGUCACGUAUUCGGCAGACCUCGCGAUCGAGAUACCAGGAAACUUGAGCCAGGGAGGUUCUUGGUACCGUUUGGACUACAGCCCUGCAGUCGGUUAUCCACCGCCCAACACCACCAUAGCCGCCAUCGACAUAGGUGACGUGAUAAAAUUCAAGGACGGCCUGCCAGGAACCAAAUACGAAUUUUGGUUGUACUAUAGCAACAGUAGCCUCCACGAUUGGCUAACAUGGACCGCGUCCAUAACUACGGCCCCGGAUCCUCCCUCGAACCUCACCGUCUCGGUGAGAAAUGGGAAGACGGCGAUAGUCUACUGGGCGCCGCCUGCCCAGGGCAAUUAUUCCGGGUUCCGGUUAAGGGUGCAAAGUUUCAGCGACACGGGGAAUCCGAAGACAAGCGUCAUACCGGCGGACGCUGUCCCAUACGUGCUCCGCGACCUCAUACCAGGGGCCACGUACUCCCUCCAACUGUUCACCGUGUUGGACACCAAGGAGAGCGUCGCGUACACGAGCAGGAAUUUCACCACCAAGCCGAACACACCGGGCAAGUUCAUCGUAUGGUUCAGAAACGAGACGACCUUAUUGGUCCUGUGGCAGCCUCCCUAUCCUGCCGGGAUUUACACCCAUUAUAAAGUUAGUAUAGAUCCCGCAGAUGCCAUAGAAUCCGUUCUUUACGUGGAGAAGGAAGGGGAACCCCCCGGGCCUGCACAGGCCGCCUUCAAAGGGCUCGUUCCUGGCAGAGCUUACAAUAUUUCGGUCCAAACGGUGUCGGAGGACGAGACUUCGACCCCGACCACGGCUCAGUAUCGAACGGUGCCGUUGCGACCCCUCAACGUCACCUUCGACAAGCCCUCGAUAACGUCCACCUCGUUCCGCGUCUUCUGGAAUCCGCCCGAGGGAACGUCCGAAUUCGACAAGUAUCAGAUAUCAUUGGGGGGCAACAAAAGGCUCGCCCCCGUUACGAGGAACAGGGACGACGAGAGCAAGUGGGAGUUCAAGGACCUGGAGCCGGGGAAAACUUAUCAGGUCGUGGUGAAGACCGUCUCGGGCAAGGUUACCAGUUGGCCGGCUAACGGGGACGUUACUUUGAAACCGUUGCCGGUGCGCGAUCUUAGCGCGGUGAUCGACGAGAAAACAGGGAUGGUGGAAGUUUCCUGGCACCCGGAGAACUCGAGUACCCAGGACAGUUACAAGCUUCAGUAUCACGAAGUGGAAACUACGAUCGGCGGUGAUAGCAACAUGUUGACAACUGAUAAGACCAAGGUCACGUUGGAAGCUUUACUGCCAGGCAGGAAUUACUCGAUAAUCGUGCAGGCGAUUAGCAACAAGGUGGAAUCGAACGAGACCGUGCUGUACCAAGUGACGCGGCCCUCGAGCCCGAUAAUCGAAGAUCUGAAGCCGACCGAGAUGGGGCUGAACAUCUCGUGGAAGAGCGACGUUAACUCGAGGCAAGAGAAAUUCGAGGUGACGCACAACAGGAACGACACCGGGGAGAGCGCGACCACGUUAACCACGGAAUCCCACAUAGUUCUCGAGGACCUCUACCCCGGGGCGGCUUACGAGGUCAAAGUUUUCGCCAUUAGCCACGGGCUCAGGAGCGAACCUCACGAUUAUUUUCAAGCUGUUCUGCCCCAUCCGCCAAAGAAUUUAACCAUCGAGAAAGUGACGACUGGGAACACUGUGGUGGUCCGUUGGGAGGCGCCUACGGAUUCCUUGUAUUCCGAGUUUUCGAUACGAUAUCGGACAGAGGACGACCCUAGAUGGGUGAAGUUGCCCAGUGUUCGCGAGACGGAGGCCGAGGUGGCGGAUAUGACGCCGGGGGAGAAAUACACGAUCCAAGUGAACACCGUCAGUUACGGGGUGGAAAGUCUCUACCCCCUUCAAGUGAAUCACACAGUUCGAUCGAACCCGGUGCUCAACAUCACCCCUAUCGUGGACUCGACGAACGUGACCCUGGAAUGGCCCAGGCCCGAGGGUAGGAUCGAAACGUACGUGAUAAGAUGGUGGCCAGUGGACAAUCCCGAGGACGUGCGCACGAAAAAUGUGACGGAGAGCAACGACGUGGCGGGUGGCCUCUACGAAGAGAGCUCGGUGCAAAGGGUGUUGGUCAGCGACCUGAUGCCCGGCGUUCAAUAUUCCUUCGUCAUAUGCACCAUCUCCUAUAACUUGGUCAGUGAGAUCACCAAUCUGACUACGAGGACAAUGCCGCUGAUCCAAUCGGAAGUGGUUGUGGUGGUCGAUCAGGAUCAGCCUGACUCGUUGACCUUGAGAUACACACGGACCCCGGUUCAAUCCUCCAAGUUCGAUCUGUAUCGGUUCCGGAUCAGCGACUCGAGGAACACGACGAAACAGAAGAUGGUGGACGACGUGGACACCAAAGUGACCUUCACCGGCCUCACGCCCGGUAAACUGUACAACGUUACCGUAUGGACCGUCAGCGAUAACGUGGAGAGCAGGCCACUGCUCAGGCAGGAUCGACUUUAUCCCGAACCGGUCACAUCCAUCGAAGCCAUGGACAUCAACGACACGAGGAUCACGCUUACGUGGGACAUACCGCGUGGACAGUACGACGCGUUCGAGGUUCAAUACAUAAACACGGAGGGGAAUUACAUUCAGAACAUCACCACCGUGAACUCGAUAACGAUCUCCGAUUUGAAACCGCAUAGAAAUUAUACUUUCACAUUGGUGGUCCGUUCCGGGACCGCAUCCUCUUAUCUGAGAAUAUCGAAUCCUCUGAGCGCGAGUUUCACCACAAGCGAGUCCUAUCCUGGAAAGGUGGAGAAGUUCCAUCCCACGGAUAUUCAACCGAGCGACAUUAGCUUCGAGUGGUCGCUCCCCAGCCAAGAGCAGAACGGCAUAAUAAUAAAAUACACCAUCACCUACGGUUUGGACGGCUCGAACCACACUCAGAUGCAGGAUUUCAAGCCGAACGAAUACCGCGGCGUGAUCAAGUCUCUGAUACCUGGAAAGACGUACAUGUUCAGGAUCCAAGCGCAGACGAGGAUAGGGUUCGGGCCUGAGGCGGCGUGGAAGCAGAAGAUGCCGAUCCUCGCUCCUCCUAAACCGCCCACGCAGGUGGUGCCGACCGAGGUGUGCAGGAGCAGCACAACGAUACAGAUACGGUUCAGGAAAAAUUACUUCAGCGAGCAGAACGGGGCCGUCACGUCCUACACGAUCAUCGUCGCCGAGGACGACAGCAAGAACGCGUCUGGCUUGGAGAUGCCCAGCUGGAGGGAUGUUCAGGCGUACAGUAUCUGGCCCCCGUAUCAGGUGAUGGAGCCUUACUAUCCUUUCAAAAACGGUUCCGUGGAGGAUUUCACGAUCGGGAGCGAGAAUUGCGACAACAAGAUCGGAUACUGCAACGGCCCGUUGAAAUCUGGAUCCACGUACAGAGUAAAAGUUCGCGCGUUCACCGCCCCGGACAAAUUCACGGACACGAGUUACAGUUUCCCGAUUCAAACAGAUAAGGACAAUACGGCUAUCAUAGUUGGAGUCACGGUCCCUAUAGUACUUUUACUGGCUUUAUUGGGUAUCGGGUUAUUGGUCAGGCGGAGAAGAAGUCAGGGACGGAAGACAACCGAAACGAGGACCACCGAUAAUUUGUCCCUACCGGACAGCGUGAUCGACACCAGUCGGCCAAUCAAGAUAGAAGAUUUUUCUGAACAUUAUCGGACCAUGUCGGCCGAUUCCGACUUCCGUUUCUCGGAGGAGUUCGAAGAGUUGAAACACGUCGGAAGGGAUCAACCUUGCACAGCCGCCGAUCUACCGUGCAACAGGCCGAAGAAUCGUUUCACGAAUAUUUUACCUUACGAUCACAGCAGAUUCAAGUUGCAACCCGUGGACGACGAGGAGGGUUCCGAUUACAUCAACGCCAAUUACGUCCCUGGGCACAAUUCUCCGAGAGAGUUCAUCGUCACCCAAGGUCCUUUGCACUCGACGCGUGACGAUUUCUGGAGAAUGGUCUGGGAAAGCAACAGCAGGGCGAUCGUAAUGCUGACCAGGUGUAUCGAGAAGGGAAGAGAGAAGUGUGACCAUUAUUGGCCAGUCGACACUCAUCCCGUCUAUUACGGUGACAUAUGUGUAACCAUAUUGAACGAGACGCAUUAUCCCGAUUGGAGCAUCACGGAGUUCAUGCUGUGCAGAGGUGACGCGAAACGGGUGAUUCAACACUUCCAUUUCACAACGUGGCCAGACUUCGGCGUUCCAAAUCCCCCUCAAACGUUGGCCAGAUUCGUUCGGGCGUUUAGGGAGAGGGUUAGGCCGGAUCAGAGGCCGAUCGUGGUCCAUUGCAGCGCGGGAGUCGGUCGUAGCGGUACGUUCAUCACGUUGGACAGAAUACUACAACAGAUCCUGGUGUCCAAGUACGUGGACAUCUUUGGAAUAGUGUGGGCGAUGAGGAAGGAGCGUGUGUGGAUGGUCCAGACUGAGCAACAGUACAUUUGCAUACACCAAUGUCUUUUGGCGGUGUUGGAGGGCCAGGACAUGACUGGCCCGCCGCGAGAGAUUCACGACAAUCAAGGAUUCGAAGGCAAGAAUCGAAGCUCGGUUGAAAAUACAAACAGUCCUGGCGAGGAUGAAAAGGAAAGGUGACCCUCGAACUGCGAUUCCGGCGUCGAUGACGACGAAGGAAUAGCGGAAUCAGGAAUGUGAUGUUCGAAUACCUCGAUUCAUUCAGGGAUCAACGAACACGAGGAUGCUUUAGAGAUAUUUUGAGAAGAGGUGCGGUGCACCGUGAAAAAAAAAAUAUAUAUAUAUAUAUAGUAUUACUACAUGCGUGGCAUGUUAUCGAAAAUGAAGAAAAACCGAGGGAAAUGGAAGAAAUUCGUUGUAUAUUCACGAGAUAUACCAGAAGUGCUUCUAAAAAAGAGACGAGAACCUAGCUUAGCUUCGUUCGAAGUGAUUUACGUCUUUUUUUAGUUUUCUUGCAAGAGGAACAACAACAACAACAACAACAACAGUCAAGACUAUUGCAUCUUCUCACAAAACGUUUCGUGUACGUGGUAGUAAACGAAAUAUGAAUGUGCUCCAAGUCGAUGAUGGCGAUAAUGGCGUAUAUUAUAUACAUACAUAUACAUAUACCGUCGACAAUAAUCGCUUCUUCGCGUUCGAACUUUCACCGCGAGAAUGUGAAUGAUAUGAGUGAAAAAGAAAGUACCGUUCGACGAUCGAUGCCUCGACGAAUGAUCGUCGAACAGGUAUCGAUCGAUCGAUAAAGAAGAUUAUUCCUUUCUACGAUGGUUUCGACGAUGCAUUUCAUCAUCUCAUCCGAUCGGGUUCGUCUUCCGGGGAAACGGAAGCGGAGGGAGUCGUCCCCGAUGGAAAGGGGGAAAUACGAACACGAACACGCACGAGCAGAUUCUGACGAUUCCUACGAGCGGAAUGAUGAAAUUUUGCGGGGUAUUCGAGGGAUUCGAGAUUAUUAUAUUUCUAGGGAAUUCGAUUGAGAGGAGGAGGCAUAGGAAGCGAGUUUGCUUGCGAAAACGAGUCGUUUCGCUCGAAUUUGUGCGGGAUUUGUGUAUAGACUGUAAGAAAGAGGAAUUAUUUUUUUUUUUUCGCGACGAAACUGCUUCUACUGUAUUCGGGAGAAUGUAAUGUAAAGUUGGAAACGAAUGGAAACGAAUUCAUGUGAUUUUCAUUUGCGACGAGUGGCUGUUAAAUGGGAGAACAUGAGAGAUGAGCGUGUAGCAUCGUAAACGAUUUCUCCUCGCCUCUGUUCUUUUCUGUAAAUAAUAAUGUAAAUCGAUGAUACUAAAUGUUCCCGAAACGACGAGGCGGUUUUUCAGAUCGGAUCACGGGAGAAUCGUCGAAAUUCCGGGAUCGAGGAGUGUCUCCGCCUCGAUUUUCUUUUCUUUUCUUUUCUUUUUUUCUUUUCUUUUUCUUUUUUUCUUUUACGAAAAAAGGCGACGAUUUUUAGGUACCUAUCGUGAUGUAGAUAAAUCUCCAAGUUGCAUAUCUUAAGGAUUGUAAGAUGCGUAUCCCGCGUUGGGUUGCCACGUUGCGAUCGAGAUCUUUGAAUUGAAUUUGAAAAAUCAAUUUCUCUCUUUCUCUUUUUCUUUUCUUUUCUUUUUCUUUUUAAAUAACGUAACGAACAUCGUUUCUCUUCUCGCCUAGUUUUUUUCUUUCUUUCUUUUUAUCAUUCACGGAUACAAUUUAUUAGAAAAAUCGUAUUCAAAAUCGUGAGUGGCAACCAUCCGUCCAAGGGGAUGUAGUAGAGACGCCGAUUAAAAACACUGCCUAGAAUGAAAAAAAAAAAAAAAAAAAAAAAAGAAAAAAAAACAAACGGGGAA